AUGACCGGCUCCAAGAUCAAGAACAUUGCCAAGGGCGCGAAGGCAGUCAUCCACAAAGGCGACGAGGGUCGAUCUGGUGAGGAGGACGGGGGCACGAUCACCUUUAUGGCCAAGUGGAAGCUCAGCGAAGAUGCGAAGCCCGACAACGUCAUCGUCGACGUCACACCGCGCGAGAUCGUGUUCAAGGACCCGCGCAACGACUUCCGGGUCGUGGAGAAGUACAACUACUUCCAAAUCAAGCGAUGGGCCAUCGGCCAAGGCGUGGUGGGACUCGACUUCGGACCCUAUCGAGACAAGGGCCUCCUGAAGCUGUCGACGGACCGAAGCGAGGAGAUCGGCCUCCUGCUCACCGAGUACAUCAACGUCAUCAAGACCCAGAUCGACAAGAAGAAGGAGACCGGCGGCGGCGGCGGCAACGGCUCGAUGGGGCCGCGCGGGGGCAUGCCGCAGGUGAGCGGGCUGCGCGACGAGGCCGAGGCCGGGAGCGCCGACGUACUGCCGCCGCCGGUGAUGAUGCGCGCCACGAUGCGCCCGUCGGCAGCGUCGCCGGGGUCGCCGUCGCUGGGGUCGUCGCCGUCGUCGCCCUAUCGGUCGCCCGCCAUGCCCAUGGCCGCGCCUGCCUCACCGCGUGGCCACUCCCCGCCGCGCUUCACGCAAGUGGCGCUACAUCCAAAGGCCGGUAACGUCCUGCCGCCUCGCCCACCGCCUCGCGCAGGCGGAGGGGCAGGAGACGCGACCAUCGCGGGCGGCUCGUCGUCCCCCCUGCCGGCCACGUCGCCCUUCUCCUCCUCCUCCUUCCCCUCCAGCUCGCCCCUCUCCUCCACGCCGUCGCCCUCCACCUCCCCCUCGUACAGUACCAUGUCGUCGCCGCCCCUGGGCACGUCGCCCUCGGGCGCUCCGCCGGUGGCGGCGCGACGACCCACCCCGCCGAGGCCGCCUUUCCCCGUGGCGUCGUUCGGCGAGCCUGCAGCGCCCGCGUCGGAGUUGAAUAUUUCGGUGUCGGCGCCGCCGUUCUCGCCCUACGCGCCGGCGCCGGCGGUGGCGACGGGCGGCGGCCCGAGAACGGCUACAUCGCUGUCGCACUCGGCGCCGGCCAAGGUGCUGCCGCCCGUGCCGCGCAAAGUGCUGCCGCUCCCGCCCGCAGCCGCGCAGUCACCACCGACGGUCGCGGUCGAUGCGCCGCGACGGCCCAGCACCGAGGAGUCGACCAGCAACAACGAUGGCGGCGGCGGCUCGGCCGACAACCUUGACGGCGGCGACGGUGAGGACGCGCCCCUGCGCCCACCCCGGCCCGCUCGCCCCAUUCAAAAGCCUCGCGUGCCCGACUUCCUGAACCAGCCCGUCGCGCCUCCGCGCACCUCGUACCGCAAGUCGCGGAAGGGCGGCAGCGUCAUCGGCAGCCCUUACUCAGGAGCGACGAUCCGCGUGAGCCGGCGAGGGCAGCGACCGGGUGUGGGCGACAGCGGAGAGUUCGGAUCGUCGGACGAAGAUGGCGGCAUCAACUCACCCUCCGACCUGCCCUUCCUCGACGCCGAACUGCCGCCCAUCCCCACCGUGCCGCCCCGCAACCGGCCCUCACCCCCGGUACCCCCGCGCGAGAAGAAGGCCGCCGUGUAA